AUGUUGAAAUCCAGUUUAAUUAAUAUGAUACUAAAAAUUAAUAAUAAAAAAAAAAUAAUUUCACAAGUUCCAAAUAUAAUUCCUCAACUACCAUUAAAUAUUUUUAAAGGUCAAAAUAUAAACUAUACAACAAAUAAUAAAUGGGAUAAAAAAUUAUCAGUACCAAAUUCAAUAGAAGUAAUUAGAAUUAAUAAUAAUGCAAUAGGUGAAAGUCUUCAUACUAAAUUAAAGUCAUAUAAGGAUACACAAGUUGGUGCGAUUAUUGAGGAGAAAAUUAGAAAUAACUUGGGACGUAUGGUUAAAGUUGGAGAGAAUGAAACUGUUUAUAAUGCAAUCAAAGUUAUGAAUGAUAAAAAAGUUGGUGCAACAAUUGUAGUUGAUAGAAAUAAUCGUAUGUGUGGUAUUUUCUCUGAACGUGAUUAUCUUAGUAAAGUUGAUCUUAGAGGUUUAUCACCAAAGGAAACAUUGGUAAAAGAUGUAUGUACUAAACAAAUCAUAACAGUUUCAAGUGAUAGUGGUGCAACCAAAUGUUUAUCCAUAAUGUCAAAACGUAACAUUCGUCAUUUACCUGUAAUUGAAAAUAAACGUUUACUUGGUAUGCUUUCAAUUGGUGAUAUUGUAAAAUAUAUCAUUUCUUCUCAAAGUAUUGAAAUUAAUGAAUUAAAAUCUGAUAUUGAUAAAGAAUAA